AUGCCUAGAUUAGAAGACUGGGAGAUCAAGAAAUACUGGGAAAUUUUUCAGGGAUUGUCCCCAGAAAAUGGGAAGUUGACUGGUGAAAGAGUUUCGCCUGUGUUAAAGAACUCCAGAUUGAGCGACCAACAAUUGUCCAAGAUAUGGGAACUUUCUGAUAUAGAUGCCGAUGGGAAGUUGGACUUCGAGGAAUUCUGUAUUACAAUGAGACUUAUUUUCGAUUUGGUCAACGGCAGUGGGACUUUACCGGAGGAGUUGCCCUCGUGGUUGAUUCCUGCUUCCAAGGCACACUUAAUCCAGGCAAACCAAGCUGUCGCUUCAGGGAAUAACAACUACAAACAGCAGCAGUCUCCAAAUGGAGGGUCGGGGUCCCUGGACGAUUUUGACGAAGAUGAAUCGUUAUCAGAUGAGUUUGAUUGGUACAUCUCUCCCACCGACAAGGCCACGUACGAAUCGAUCUACAACUCCAAUUCCGAUACCUACGGCAGGGUCAGGUUUGAGUCUUUAAACGGACUUUAUGGCACAUUGCAACGAGUCCCCAGAUCCGACAUAUCCUCGGCAUGGAACUUGGUGAACCCGAAAUCUUUUGAAACUAUCGAUAAGGACCAAGUGUUGGUGUUCUUACAUAUUUUGAACCAGAGAGAAAACGGCAAGAGAGUCCCCCGUGGUGUGCCUGCCUCGUUGAGGGCUACUUUCUCUAAGGAGCAGCCUACGUACGACUUAAACCAGAUCAAUCCAACUUCCACAUUGUCAGCUUCAGCCAACGACAAGAAGACGUUCGGUACGAGUUAUCUUAGCAAGAUCGGAAUGAACAGCAAUGCCGUGGCCGGAAACAACAGUAAUGGCACAGACUUCUCCUCCACCAAGGAUAAGGACUGGGAAGAAGUCAGAUUAAAGAGGGAAUUGACAAACUUGGAAGAUUUGUUAGCAAAGGCGCAAAGCACUGCUAAGGAAGAUGGGCAAGAUAAUGAGCUGGUACUUAUAAAACAUGAACUCACACAACUAUUGAAGUAUAAGGAGGAAAAGUUGAGCAAAGCAACAUCUUCCAAUGGACACCAGGCAGAUUUAAGUGAUGUGAAGACCGACAUUGAUGAGAUCGAGCUUCAAGUGACUACAUUGGAGGGUUACUUGGACGAAAAGAAGAAGGAACUCGCCAACCUUCAGCAACAGCUUGCUGCCUAA